AUGUCAUCUCAAAUUACACCUGCUAAGAGGCCACUCGACCAAAGUCUUACAGAUGUAAGAAGUGGAAGGAAGUUCCAGAAAUCAGAAGCUUUAGGUUCCGUCAUUGCACCAUUUAAUGCAUCAUCUAGACAGGUUAUAAGAGUACUUUGGCCAGCUUCCAGAAUUCGCGUCAUUACUGGAAAAGAUGGCAGCAUCAUAUCUCAAAUAGGCGAAGCGACUGGAGCAAAAGUCUGUGUUGAGGAAAAAGUCCCUGAGUGUAAUGAAAGAGUCAUAACCAUAGCAGUUCUAGAUAAAGGUAAGGAAAUGGUGAGCGGGCAGGUUAAGGAUGAAGACAGGGAGACUAAAAUCCCUGACUCCAGUGAGAACCCUGAAGAAUAUGGGGACGGCAACAAAGAGCAUGGUGUUCGAGUCGAUCACUCUAAAUCAGAUAAGGAAAAAGAAAAUUCAGCUAUUCAGAAAGCUUUGUUAGCUGUAUUUAAUAGAAUGGUCGCGGCUGGGACAAAGAAAGGUGAAGAAGAAAGAAAAAGACCGUUUUCACAUGUUAGGCUACUUGUCUUCCCUGGUCAAGUAGGCCGUUUGUUAGGAAGAUCUGGCAGUGUGAUGAAACAAAUGACAUCUGAAACUGGAGCGGUUAUACAAAUUCUUCCAAAGAAUAAGGUGCCUUCUUGUGCAUCUUCUUCUGAUGACCUGGUUCAGAUCUCUGGUACUCAUGAUGCCAUCAGGAAAGCUCUUCUAUCUGUUUCCCAGAAACUUCUUGAGUGUAUUCCCAAGUAUUGGGAUCCUUUCCCAGUCAACAAGCCUGUUGGCCCGUCAUCUCAUUCCUUUGGUGCUCCUCGACGGGAUAGGUUUCCUGUGGUUAUAACUUACCGGGUGCUGUGUAAUGCGGAAAAGGUGGGCGGUGUAAUUGGAAAGGGAGGUUCUAUUAUUAGAGCUCUUCAACAUGAAUCUGGCUGUGAUAUCAAGGUCGUAGCUAGUACAGGCGAAACAGAAGAUCGCAUCAUCACCAUAUCUGGUCCUGCUCACCCAGAUGAUGCAGUAUCUCCCGCACAAGAUGGCGUUCUUCGCGUGCAAACAAGAAUAUUUAGGUGUGCACCAGUAAGCAGGGAUAAAAGUUUGGUCGCAAAACUCCUUGUCUCCUCUCAUCAAAUUGGAUGUCUUCUUGGUAAAAGAGGUUCAGUGAUUUCUGAAAUGAGAAAGUCAAGUGGAGCUUACAUCUGUAUUCUCAGUAAAAACCAGGUUCCGAAGAAUGCUUCGGAAAAUGAGGAAGUUGUUCAGGUUAGUGGAGACCUUGGAGCAGUUCAAGAGGCUCUUAUGCAGAUAACAUCAAGGUUGAAGAAGCAUUUCUUCAGGGAUGCAUUUCCCCCAUCCAACAAUUUUGAUGGUCCUGUGGGCCUUCCUCCAGUAGGCGGCUUCCGUCCACAUGAACGUGAUGAUCAGCAACCUGCUACCACAAGCACUACUGUAGAGGUUGUUGUUCCAAGCUUCACUGUUCCUGCUAUUUACGGAGAUGAAGGUGGAUGCCUGAGUCAAAUUCGCGAGAUUUCAGAUGCAGAAGUUACCAUCACCGACCCUAAAGACGGAGCAUCAGAAACCAUGAUCAUAAUCUCCGGGACUCCCGAGCAGACUGAGGCUGCACAAAGUCUGAUUCAGGCAUUUGUAAUUUGCGAAAUGGAAGCCCGGAAUCGUUGAUAUCAUGAAUCUACUCCAUGGAUGGUGGUGCAAAGAGAGUGUUGUGAUAC